AUGGGUCUUUUUCAGUCCAAAAAGUCCUCCACUGACAACAAGAAGAGUUCAAAAGAGUCCUCUACUGACAACAAGAAAAGUUUAAAAGAAAAUCACUCGGUCAACAAAGUGAACCUUGUUCUGCUGGGAAUGUCCGGAACUGGAAAGAGUGCGAGUGGAAACACAAUCCUUGGAAGAACACAGUUUGUUUCAAAAGCCAGUUCAGUGUCGGUCACCACAGAGUGUCAGGCAGCAGAAACUGAGAUAAAAGGAACAUGUGUGCGUGUCAUUGAUACUCCAGACAUGUUUGAUGAUGAAAUCAAAUCAUCAGUUAAGAACCAACAUGUGACACAGUGCAAACAGCUCAUCUGUCAGUCAGAUCCUUGUGUUUACUUACUUGUGAUGCAUGUUAGCAGAUUCACAGAUGGUGAGAGAGACAUACUGAGAAAGUUUGAAGAAACUUUUGGUAGCAGAGCUAAAGAACAAACAAUCAUCCUGUUUACUCGUGGAGAAGAUCUGCAGAGUUCAGACAUGAGCUUGGAGGAUUUUUUGCAGGACUGCCAGGCUGAACUUAGGAACAUAGUUAAACAGUGUGGUGGAAGGUGUGUUGUUUUUGAGAAUAAAACCUCACGUCAGCAUCAAGUAGCAGCACUAAUGCAGACAGUGAACGAGAUGUUAAAUAAAUAG